UGUGCCUGUCUGUUUCUCUCUGAAAGUUCUAGUUUUCUAUUACUUGUUAUGUUUGUUUCCUUUGAAAGUUUCACAACUUUCUGCUUCUUCUUUGAAUUGAUCCUAGGACUCUCAGAAGGAUCAAUUAUCAACAGAGACAAAGAUGUGGAGCUCUCUCCCUGUUCCUUCCGUUCAGGAGCUGGUGAAGGAGCCGCUCACGACUAUUCCACCGCGAUAUGUCCAUCCUCAUCAAGAUCCUCCUUUCGUAUCCAAUGCCACUCGUUGCCACAAGUGCCCGUUAUUGACUUGAAAAAGUUACUUUCUGGAGACUUGACGGAUUCAGAAUUAGACAAGCUUCAUCGUGCUUGCAAAGAAUGGGGUUUCUUUCAGUUGAUAAAUCAUGGGGUGAGCAGUUCACUGGUGGAGAAAGUGAAGAUAGAGACUCAGGAGUUUUUCAAUCUGCCAAUGGAGGAGAAGAAGAAGUAUUGGCAAAAAGCAGGAGAUGUUGAAGGAUUUGGGGAGGCGUUUGUUAUGUCCGAGGAGCAAAAGCUUGACUGGGCAGACAUGUUCUUUGUGACCAGCCUUCCAUUUCGUUUGAGGAAGCCACACCUAAUUCCCAAGCUCCCUCUCCCUUUCAGAGAAACAUUGGAAGCUUACUCACUGGAACUAAAAGAUCUUGCCAUUAUAAUCCUGAACCAAAUGGGAAAAGCUCUGAGAAUGGAAGAUGAUUAUAUGAAAGAAUUGUUUGAAGAGGCGAGGUGGGGAAUAAGAUUGAACUACUAUCCUCCAUGUCCACAGCCAGAGCUCGCUGUUGGCAUCAACGCUCACUCCGACGGCGGCGGCCUUACCAUCCUCUUCCAGCUCAAUGAGAUGGAUGGCCUUCAAAUCCGGAAAAAUGAGAUGUGGGUUCCUGUUAAACCCCUACCAAGUGCUUUUAUCAUCAACAUUGGAAACGUUUUAGAGAUUGUAACCAAUGGAACUUACCCUGGUAUAAAGCAUCGAGCCACUGUAAACUCUAUGAAAGAAAGGAUCUCAAUUGCCACAUUCUAUAGCCCAAAUGCAAACCGCGAUAUGGGUCCAGCGCCGAGCCUUAUAACACCAGAGAAUCCGGCAUUGUUUAAGAGAAUAAGUGUUGCAGACUACUACAAGGGAUUCUUGUCCCGUGAACUGUAGGGAAAAUCAUACCUUGAUGUCUUGAGGAUUAAAGAUGAGGACGAGAGUGGUUGAGUGAGCAAUGUGGAAAACCUAAUGUUUAGUUUAUUUAUAGAAGCUGGUGAAUAAAUGAUCGGUCAUCUGUUUGAUGCUACAUCAUCUCAUUGUAGCUGAGUGUGUAAUUCAAGCUGGUUUGUUAUGGACAGACCCA